AUGAGGCUCAAUGACGUUCGAUGCUACCCCCAAACCGUCUUGCUGGAGUGGUCAGAUUUCCUCAGGGAUCUGCAUCCCCUUAGUCAAUUUACUCAGUACCACAAUACCUUGGCCGGCUUCGUCUUAUGUCUAGGGUGUUUAUCCCAGCUAGAAAAGUCGGCUUUGGAUCUUCUCUGGGCCGUUAUGGACCGACCUAUCAUCAUGUCCCCUCGUAAGUGUUAG